AUGCUCCCGGUGAACCAGAUUAAUGUGGAUAAACGCGAGAGUAUGACGUCGAGCUGCUACAAUGCGAACAACGAUAUUCUCUACGCAUCCAUCUAUCUGGAAUCCAACAACGAGACAAUCUCGAGUGGAAAUAGUCGACAGAAGAAACCCGCAAAUAACUACAAAUUUGCUUACGGUGAAUCAAAAGAUCCCCAAAAGAUCAAAAUGAUCCAAAAAAUGGUGGAAAUCGGUGGGGAUUCGGUUCUGUUGGAAGACCGCAACGGACAAUGCCUUCUAUACAAGAUAAGAAGAAUGGCCAAGCCUCAGUGGACCAUCGUCUCAAAAGAACCGUGCUUAUCGAUCAAUGUAACGUCGCAAUAUGUCUGUUUGGAGAGGCAUAAGAAUACGGUGGAGAAUCGCGACAGAAGAUUGAAAGGAGCACUAGAGGAAAACCAGAGAUACGAGUCUAACUUUUUCAAAGUGAAGAAGAAACACGAAGAUGAGGGAGAUGUAGACUCUGUUGCUUCCCAGAAAGUCAACGAGGGUCCAAAAAUUGAGGAUUUUGUCCAUAUCAGAGAUGUCGGUCAAGGAACAUACGGACUUGUUGGAGAAUACCGAUCGAAAAGAACUGGACAUCGUGUAUUAAGAGGUCGAACGAUUUGUGACACCAAAGGAUAUAUGGCGCCUGAAAUAAUCACCGACCAGAUGUACUCGUACCAAGUGGACUCGUAUGCUCUCGGUGUCAUCGUGCACCAAAUGCUAACGACUACGAUGCCUUUCAACGAUGAAAAAGACGGAGGGAAAUCGAAAAAGUGGAGAUUUGAAGCAAAUGAAAGUUUUAGUGAGGAUAUCAUGGAAGUGUUGAGCGGACUUCUCGAGGCAAAACCGAGAAAAAGAUGGACAAUGAAACAAAUCAAAAGAUCCCCAAAAGAUCAAAUGAUCCAAAAAAUGGUGGAAAUCGGUGGGGAUUCGGUUCUGCUGGAGGAUCGCAACGGACAAUGUUUGCUAUACGAGAUAAGAAGAAUGAACAAGCCUCGGUGGACCAUCGUCUCAAAGGAACCGAGCACAUCGAUCAAUGUAACUUCGCAAUAUGUCUGUUUGGAGACGAAUAAGAAUACGGAUCUCGAUGAGAAAGAAUGA